CAACAAAAACAUUGUUCAAACUGGACCUUGGUACAAUUUUCCGUCCUAGAAUUUAUGUAUUUCUUAGUUUAUGUUCUAGAAAUAAAACGACUGUUGUGAUACGUAAACGAGAUAACGAUCAACGGUAGUUAUUGUGAAUGUGGAUGAUGACGUGACGGUGUUGCUUGUUAUGGCUCACAACUAACCGUGAGAUAGUGUAACAAACGGCAAAUUCGAAAAGGCUUCCCUAUUCUAAAAAAUUCAUCAAAUAUUAACAAUCGACAGUACCAUUCUGUAAAAAUGGCAUUAGUGUCCAUGUUCAUGGGAUUUACUGGAUUCUUCAAAGCUGGAAAGUCGAACGCUCUUCUUCGAGGAAGAUAUUCAAAGGCCGAGGUGGAGGAGGAAACGUUUGGCCCGCGCUACAAACCAGAGCGGCUUGACGAACUCUGCAAAAAUACCAAAUUCGACCGCGAUGAGAUACGGCUCAUCUAUCAGGGAUUUAAGCAGGAAUGCCCCACAGGAUUGGUCGACGAAGACGCGUUCAAACUCAUCUUUGCCCAGUUCUUUCCACAAGGAGAUGCUUCCCAGUAUGCCCAUUACGUAUUCAACACAAUGAAGCAGUAUGGUCACAAUGGAUGCUUAACAUUCGAGCAGUUUCUUCAGGUGUUGUCAUCGCUUUCUCGAGGAAGUGUCACAGAGAAGGUGCAAUGGAUCUUCGGGCUGUAUGACCUUAACGGGGACGGCUUCAUUUCUCGUGCAGAGAUGCUGCGUGUCGUGUCGGCCAUCUAUGACAUGCUCGGCCACUGGACGCAGCCGCAGGUGAACGAGCACACGGCCAGAGAGCACGUUGACAAGAUAUUCAACUUAAUCGAUGCCGAUCAUGAUGGUCUCGUAUCGUUCGAUGAGUUCCUCGAAUGGUGCCAGAGGGAUGAAAGCCGCACUCGCAGUCUGUUUAUGCUGGACACCGUCCUGUGACUUAAUGUCCAUCAGCGUUGGAAGAGAUAGCGGAACAAAUAUCGCCAAUGGCCGGAUGUACUAAAAACGGAGCACAAGAUACAACCAGAACCUAUAUCGAACCCGAUUAGCUUCGGAACUCCGAUAACAGCACUCCUUCUGAUACUGUCAGUUCCAUCUGAAGCCCGCUCGUCUGUCCCAUUAAUAAUAUUGCAUUCAUCGACGAGGAUCUCGACUAGCUUACUAUGUUCCUAAAUUUGUAGUAAGGCGUUAGUGUGCCAGUGUGGAAGCGAAAAAAACAAUGUAUAAAACACUUACAUUUCAUUCAAUUGGGUAAUCGAUUUCAUGAAACGCCACGGACAAAUGAAAGGUUAUACAAACUAUUAUCAUGAUGGUAUUGCUAUCUGUGUUUUGUCGUAAACUGAAUAUAUCUCUAUUGGCAACGAUACAAAAUUUGUCUCGGAAAAAGCAACCUACUCAAGAGCCGGCUAAAAUUAUAAGCAUAGAUCUCAGAUACACACUUGAUUUUAAAUUGGCCUCUAAAAAUUAUGUAGAUUAUCAAACUGCGUGACAAAAUAUACGCUGAUUACUGAACGUUAAAUAUGAAAUACAGCAAGACUUAGUAAUUAAAUAAAUCUAUUACUCAAAGUCAGCUGGGCAAGUAGCACUUAGCUAACCCAUCUAUUGUAUAAAUAAAACGAUUUUGUCACCACCGAUGCUGGUAGUUUCGUGGAAGUUGCAGUGGUGAUCUGCCAUCCAAAUGACUUAAUGAACAUUGUGCGAAUCGUUUAUAUAGAAUUAACAAACACAUCUACAUAUACAGGCUUGACCCCGCCCAUGGUGCAAAUCCCUAUCAAAUAAAUACACAACGCCGUAUAUUGCAACCCUGAACAUCUUUAUCGGCGUCCCGCUACUUGCGAAUCGACCGCAUAUCUUACGCAGGUAGGCAUCGCAUCGUAUUGACGACAUAGCAGCUUUUGCAUGUUUGCCUAAAUACCCUUAUGGCACUCGUUCCUGAACAGGACCCAUCGAAUCGCACUAGUCGUAGAUCGUCACUUGCGCCCACGCAAUUGGCCUCCUAAAAUGGCAAAUAGAAAGUAGACGAUAUCAGUGUGCCAACCGAUGCCCCUGAUGAUUUCUGAUGUUUUUAGAUCUUGCCGCGGACUCACAAUUCAAUUCAAUGGAUAGAUUUCUGAUUACCUGACUGAUCGAUCCCCUUCUCCCCUGCGUUUUGUUGGCAGUUAACAACGACCUUUAAUCAUUAUUGAUGUUGUGAUUUCGUCAAGUCAUUGGUAGCAUAUAUAUGCAUGUACUGUCGUAUAUAUGAAUCUAAACGAACCUAGAACCGUCGGACAAAUUCCGUCGACUUUCUCUACGCAUGUGUUGUAGUAACUGAUGAUUACUAUCAGUAAGGACAUCCCUAAAAGCUAUUCAGGUUAGGUUAGAUGACAUCAAAUAAGGCAGCUGGCUCGAUGAUCAGGAAACAGAUGACGGCACAGUUAGGAAAAGGACGAAGCUAAAGUGAGAUCGACAUGAUAAGGCAGAUACAGGAGUGACAGACGCAAGAGUAACUUGCACUCCGUUUAGGUCGUCACCCGCGCCUGCGGUCCCAUUAGCGUCGACGCGCCAACGCACGUAAAGCUUUUAAUCAAUGGAACGAGUUCAGUUUUCGACUUGGCUGUUAUAUGGUGCAUAGCUGAACAGCGCCACUCAGUCAGUCACCAGAAUUGUUGUCAACGGUUUACAUGUCGUUAACAAAGAGUAAAUAAAGAAAGGAAAUCGUCAUACAACAUUCGUCUAAUGCAGCAAGCAUUGAAACAAUCUUAGAAAUUCUUUCCAUGUAAAAGACUUCAUGGCCCGCAAGAGCCCCGGGGAAACCGAGGCAUCCCUAUUCAGUAUCAAGCAGACGUCUUACAAACAUAAGCGCAGUACAAGUGGCGCCACGUCAAACUACCCAACAAAACCAAUCGCAUUAUGCACUACACUUAUCGAACCAGGAACAUGCUGAGAAGGCCAAUUGAUACCAUGUGUAUUAUAUCUGCCGGCUGGAUUCCAAAUAGGUUCCGAUCAUGAUAUGAUUAUUAUCGAACACUGCGACGUCUGAACGCAAAGAGUGAGCAGCAGUCACAUGCAUAGUAUCAAUAAAAUACAUGAAACGAAAGAGCUGUAUCGACAAUAUUAACUCAGUCGCUUAAAUGACUGUACAUGGUCAGAUGUACAAUCAGUCACUAGUCGAUUCAUAGUUUGUCGUUAACCGACGAUCACAGAACUCGACGGUCAGCUAACGGCCGCACUGCAAUAGGGAAGUAACUAUAAGAGCUCAAUGUAAGUAGCAAUCUUACUAGUAGCUUGUAUUGGGUUUAAUGAGGGAAUCUGGGCCGUCCGGGGGCAAACAAAGCCUUGCUAGGCUACCGUCAUGUAUCGCGUAUCCACUGAACCACUGAUAUCUUCCUUCAGCUAACCGGUAUGAGAGUAAAAACCGCUAGCUGAAGCUACUAAUCGGUCCGAGCUAUCGCUCCAAUCUCAAUGAAUGAGCAGAAGGGAAAGGGAGUCCCUUAGGUUUCGAAUGUAGAGCACUUUUUAGGUUAACCUAAAUUGAAGAAAAAGGGCUCAGGGGAACGAUGAUCGCUAUUAUUAUUACGACCAUUGUUUGUAAUACACUCUCGGGCAGACAUUUGUUGCACAAUUAGAACAUGCGAACAGGAGAAAUGUACACAGAUCAAAACAACUACGUUGGCAAUAGGAAGACAGCUAGUCCGUGAUCUAUCACAAAAAAAAAGAAAAAAAAAAAACAAAAAAAAGUAUCGGCUAUUUUAUGAUCUUAACUUGAGUACCGAGCACUGCGAGCCUGUGGCAAUAAACAAAGCGAAAAUCAGCUCUGUUCCUUUCAAGGGACCGAUUCUCCACCAGCCAAGAAAGCCGACUGGCUAACAGAUAAUAACACAUAGGAAAACUAGCAGAAUAACAAGAAAAUUAUCAGGCCGGUUAGGCACGGCACGUUGAACCAAUACAGUCCAAUCCAUGUGUCCGUCAAUCAAGUAUAAGUCUAGCACUGUUUCAAACAUACUAGGAAGUGUCGAUCUCCAAAUGGAGAGACUCCCUAUCACCGUCAUUUCCCACACAAACUACAAUCACAGCAAGAUCGUCAGCGAGACCAACAACAAAGAUUUUACAAUCAAUAGAAAAACAAUACCAACUAGUAACGGCAAAAAUAGCAUAUUGAAAAAUAACAAACGUUCUCUGCACGCUCGCAUUCACUGUAGUCUGUAUGUCUAUACUUAUGCAUCUGCUCGUUUAGAGAAUGCACACAACAAUACGGUGCUACACGGCGCGUUAAUAUUUAUAUCGAAUUGGAUUAAAAUCGAAAGAUCAGCAUAUAUCAUUGUAUCUCCUCUCUUACACUGGCUAUACAGUUCAAUAGAAUUACGAGCGGUCUGAUAGACUAUGCGUUCAGAUACAACAAAAAAACAAAUAUUUCUUUAUACGUCUUUGAGACUGGGCUGCUUGAUCACCAAUCUGGAAGAUGAUUGAAUCCUAGCAGAGAACAGAAAGACACCUCAAUGCAUAGACGUUACUGCAAAAUGCUCUGUCGCGUGUCAUCAGUGCAAUAUUAAAUUGGAAAGACUAUCCGAUAUAUUUUUAUAGAACAUAGAACAACAAUAUUUAAGUGUCCAAAGGAAAUUAAGUCUCCAUUAUUUAACACAACAUACAUUUGAAGAAAUCAUACAAUUCAUUUAUAUUUGUACACAGAAUGUAGUCAGCUACGCGUACGAUGCAUCCCAGACAAUGGGCAAAUAAAUACAUUUGGCGUGCGUUCUUCGACUACGUCUAAGAAAAUUGGUAUCGAAAAUUUGAAGAAGGCAGACGUCAUGAGGAUCAUCGCGAAGUAUCGUUGCUGCUACGAAUAUUACCGCCACUAUUCCCAUACGUCACAAAUGGCACACGGUAGCGUGUAGGAAUUAUAACGAUGAAGAAGCGUAUGAUGACCUUAGCAAUAAGUACGACAUUCACUAUUGGUCACUGUUCCGGUUAUCAAUUGACGAGCGAUGAACUUGCGAUGAACUGCAGCAGGAAGUGGCCAACUAAUCCGCUUCCUUGAAGCUACGACCCUAAAUUAAAGUCAUCGUGCUAUUGCUUUUAUCGAAUGCACUUCAUUCUCUAUCUCCAAAACAGCGCAUAAAGAAAGAACAAGAUCCGUAACUACGAAGUAGCGACUAAAAACAGUUAAAAAAAAAAAAAAAAAAAAAA